AUGAAAAUUUCUAAAAAUAAGUUUCCUUUCAGACUGCCUGAUAAUACACAUUUCUAUUACAAAAGGAAACUAAGAGAAAUUGCUAUCGAUGAGAAUGACGAAAAAAAUCUACUUAGCUAUGUUUUACAGAAAUCUCCACUUAAUAACAACAAAAUAAAGCCAAUAGUUCACCAAAAUUUAAGAUAUGGGCUAAAAAUUUCUAAAAAAGCUUGUAAAGUCCUUAGUAAUCUGCCACCAAAGACACAGAAGAAUAGCUCUAGUCCUAAGCUAUCUAGAUUGAGAGACAAUGAUCUUGCACAUGAUGAAAAACGUUAUAAAUCUAUUUUAAGCAAGCCCUGGAAAAAAUUAGAUAGGCUGAGCAUAAUAAGUUCUCCAAAAUCUAUUAGCAUAAGCCCAAUUCCUCAAUCACGAUCUUUAACACCUGAUUUCAAGUAUAUUUCAGGAACCCCUAAAACUUUAUUCCAAAGAAACUUUAGAAGAUUAAGGCGUGAAGGGAAAGAGAGUGCAAAAGUUUACGUUGAUGAAAGUGUUGAUGCUGAUAAUGAUGAUAUCCCUAGCAAAAAUCACCAUCAAGGUAAGAGUUCAGUUUUUGAAAUCGAUAAAAUUUAUAAUGAAUAUGAGACAAAUGGACAGAUUUCUUAA